CCUCAAAGUCUAUGUUUGUAGCUCACGGCCAGUAAAAACCAAAGAAGAAGAAAAAUAGACGUCAUCCUCAGGCCUAGUGACCCUUUGAUGGUCGGUAGCUAACGUUACGUUACCGCGAAAAGGUCUUUUUCACUCGCUCGUUGUCAACGGGUGCUAGCUUUCGAUCCGAAAGUCGUGACAGCAUGGCGGCCGCUGCAGAGCAGUGGGACGAGCACCAGGCGUACGACGAGCUGCUGUACUGGGACAGCCUCAUCCAGCAGGGCCACCGCCUCCUCCCGCACGACUUUGACAGAUACGAGGAUCUGCGGUACUGGUACGACUGCCUGUGCUACGAGGAGGAGCUGAGGCAGUACCACGACUACAUCGCUGUUAUCGAGGAGAUUGAGGACCAUCGGCACCAUGAGGAAGCUGCGGUCCCACAGGUGCGCACGGGGCCACAUGAUCGUCACGUGAUGGCUAAACACUCUGAAGUGUAUCCUUCACCAGAGGAGCUGGAGGCGGUGCAGUCCAUCGUCUCCCGCGUGGAGUGUGCCCUCAAGACUGUGUCCGACCAGAUGGACACUCCGAAAGAUAGCAAACAGAAUGCAGAGCCAGGGAGUGGUGACUCACAAGAUCGUGUCCUGCGUGGAGUUAUGAGGGUCGGCCUGGUGGCCAAGGGCCUCCUGCUGACGGGAGACAAGGACUUGGAGCUCGUGCUGCUUUGCUCCAACAAGCCGACCAUCGCUCUGCUCAAUCAAGUGGCUGAAAAGUUAACUGCGCAGUUAGAGGCAAAUUCAUCUGGGACAUAUACAGUCAGCCAGUGUCCAGAGGAUGCAGCACUUGUUGUGACGAGCACGAAGGAGUCGGCCCUGACGCUCACUAUCCACCUGACAUCACCUCUUCUCAGGACAAAGCAAGAGAGUAAAACUGCAGAAGAAGAAAAGGAAAAAGACGAGGGAGAAGAGGAGGAAAAGGAAGAAGAAGCAACGCGAACAGUCAACGAUGCGCCGGACGUUCUGGACAGGCAGAAAUGCCUAACUGCCUUGGCGUCUCUCCGCCACGCCAAGUGGUUCCAGGCCAAAGUCAACAACCUAAGUUCUGCCGUCCUCGUGAUCCGGAUCAUGAGAGACUUGUGUAACCGUGUUCCUACCUGGACGCCGCUCUCGGGAUGGCCUCUUGAACUGCUGGUAGAGAAGGCUAUCGGUACGUCUGAGAGACCAAUGGGAGCAGGCGAGUCACUGCGCAGGGUUUUGGAGUGCGUUGCAUCCGGAAUGCUCUUGGAAGACGGCCCGGGAAUAAAAGAUCCAUGUGAGAAGGAAACAGUCGACGCCAAUUCGUAUCUGACUCUGCAGCAGCGGGAAGACAUCACGCAGAGUGCUCAGUUUGCCUUGAGGCUGUGUGCAUUUGGACAAAUGCACAAGGUGUUGGGGAUGGACUACAAACCCAUAAAGCCACGGAAAUCAGCGGGAUCCAGCAGCAGAGAAGGCACAGCCCAAAUACCACCGGCUGGACACUUCAACCUGCCAUCCAAGAGACCGUACACAGAGAUGGAGAAGGAGGUGGAGGGGCCACAGCUCAACAGCAAACAGAGGAAGUUCCUCAAGUUCCAGAAGCGCUUUCAGAGGAAAUCAUUCACAGAUGACUUCAGCAUGAACGCCGUGAUGCGUCUGAACCAGUACAAACCCGGCCUGGAGUACCGACUCAUAUCUCAGACCGGUCCGGUCCACGAGCCGGUCUUCACGAUGGCAGUGGACUUAAACGGGAAGCCCUACGAGGCGACGGGGCCCUCCAAACGAGCUGCCAAACUUAAUGUAGCCACCAAGGUCUUGCAGGAUCUCGGUCUUCCAACGGGCUCAGAAUCUAAAGCAGAGUCUGCCGGUGAUGUUGAAGGAACCCAGGAAUUAGUAAAAGCUGCCAGCGCGGCCUCUUCUACAUCAGAAGACAGCGGUCAGGGUCCUAUCUUGACCAAAAAGGGCAAGAACCCUGUGAUGGAGCUGAACGAGAAGCGCCGAAGCCUCAAGUACGAACUGUCUGCCGAGACGGGGGGCUCCCACGAGAAGUGUUUUGUCAUGGAGGUGGAGGUCGAUGGACAGAAGUUCAAAGGGAGAGGCUCUAAUAAGAAGGAGGCAAAGGCCUACGCUGCCCUCACUGCUCUGGAGAAGCUGUUCCCAGACGACGACACCAACAGAAGCUCUGCAAAGAAGAAGGUCACGUACACUGACAUGCACAUCCCAGGGUUCGGCACUAUCCGCGGCAUUCCUUCAGACUCCGGGACUCGUGGCUGGGGUCCCAGCAGAGGUCGAGGCCGGGGCCGAGGCAAACCGUUUCUACCGGGACCCAGAUACAACAAGACCAACUACAGCUAUGAGGGCAACACUGGCACCGGUUAUCAUAAUCUCUAUGGUAAUAAUGCAGCAAGCGCCGCAGCCAAAGGCACUGGAUCAGGCAGCAACUUUGGCUACGGCACCUUUUACCCCGAGGGCAGCAACACCUUCGCCUCCCCGCCCGUCGCCAGCUCCGACCCCAGCGCCCCGCAGGCGGAAAGCUACCAGUCGAUGCCUCCUCCUGCUGACCAGGAGAGCCCCUACAGCUACGGUUAUGGAGAAGAGAAGAAGAAGAUGCUGACCCAAGGUCAGAAUGAGGGCCAGGGAGGAGACUACUCCAUGUACAGCACAGCUUACCCCAGCUCGGUGACGGGUGGACAAGUGUAUAAUAACUACGGCUGGGGAAACCAGUCCUCUGGGAAUGAGCAGGGAUACGGCGCGUACCAGGGUUUCGGAGGAGAGAACCAGGGCGCGUGCUCUGGAUACAGCGACAUGAACUACUAAUCACCACAUCGUGUUCAGCCUUCAUCACCGCACUUUGCCAUUUCUAUGUUUUUUGUUGUGUUUUCAUCUCACUACUUUGACAUCUGCUGAAGAAGGUUGCAGGUCACAGAUGCAGGCUUUUGAUUAAAAGAUACCCGUUCUCUUCCUCAACGUCCUUCGUCAUGUCUGUGUUGACAUGAGUGUUAAAAAAUAAACCAUGGCUUGUU